UAUGUACUCGCUAGCUAUAAAUACUGCCAUCUGCUGGACUGCAGUCAGUUGAAGCUGCGCUUUGGAACUGGUCAAAAUGAAUUCGUUCGGAUUAAUUGCACUUGCUGUUUGUGGAGUGCUCUGCGUUGCUGCGGAACCCCAAAAUACCUAUGACGGUCGAGAUGGUCCCCAUGUCUUUGGCACCCCGGGUAAUCAGGUCUAUAUAAGGGGUCAAAACGAAGGCACCUACAGCGUGCCUGGAGUGGGUGGCCAGUUUGAAAACGCUCCUCGACGGGGCGAGCAUGUGUACACCGAUGAGCUGGGAAACACAUUCGUAAACCGCAAGAACGCUGGUGGUCCAGCUUCCCACACAGUCAGUGGUCCCAAUUUCUCAGCCCAGAACUUGGGUUCCGCCAGUCAGAAUGGUCCCUAUGCAGCAGUCCCACCACGUCCUCGUCGCAGUCCUCAGUUUCAUGUAGAGCGCCCGGAUCGCACUGUUGACUUUGGAGACGGAGGUUUCAGCAUUCAGCGCAGCCGCCGUAGUCCCCAGCUUUACGUGGCACGACCAGAUCGCACCGUAACUGUUGGUAACGGUGGAGUCUACAUUCAACGCGCCCGCCGCAGCCCGCAGUUCCACGUAGAACGCCCGGAUCGCACUGUAGAUUUCGGCAAUGGCGGCUUCUCCGUUCAACGCUUUCGCCGUGGAAUCAACGAUGCCCGCGUCCAGGGUGAAAACUUUGUGGCCCGUGACAACCAGGCUGGUAUCUGGGACAACAAUGUUUCCGUUUGGAAGCGACCCGACGGUCGCACAGUUACAGUCGAUAGGAACGGAAACGCCAUUGUGUCCGGACGGGGACGUCCUGCCCAACGUUACUCCUAAAAUGGUUCCAAAUAAGCAACACUUUAGACUAUAUAAUAUAAAUAUUCUGAGACUAUGUAAAUAGGUACUUAAAUCAUUUGAUAUGAAUACAAAAACUUUCCAAAAACUA